CUUAUGGUUUAGGGCGUAAAAGAAGAAACGAAGCCGUAGAAGAGGGCUCCCCACGAGAGAGCAUCCACUGUUCCGCAGUUGACCAAAAGUUAAGAUGGAUCGGUAUCAGAGGGUGGAGAAGCCGAGAGCGGAGACACCUAUAGACGAGAAUGAGAUUCGGAUUACAAGUCAGGGCCGGAUGCGAAGCUAUAUCACAUACGCCAUGAGUCUGCUUCAGGAGAAAGGGUCAAAUGAAAUUGUGUUUAAGGCAAUGGGAAGAGCAAUCAACAAGACUGUCACAAUUGUGGAGUUAAUCAAGCGAAGAAUUGUUGGUCUUCAUCAGAAUACAUCUGUUGGAUCCACAGACAUAACUGACACAUGGGAACCCCUAGAAGAGGGCCUUCUUCCCCUGGAAACUACGAGGCACGUAUCAAUGAUCACUAUAACCCUUUCAAAGAAGGAGCUCAAUACAUCCUCUGUUGGGUAUCAACCUCCAUUACCAGCUGAACAGGUGAAGGCAUCAACAGAAUUUGAUUAUGAAGGAGAGGGUUCGCCUAAUGGUCGAGGCAGGGGCCGUGGUGGUAGAGGGAGGGGAAGGGCUAGAGGGAAUGGUUUUGUGUCCUUUGAGUAUGAAGAUGGUGGUUGGGAUCGCAACCGGGGUUAUGCAAGGGGGAGGGGUCGAUCGAGAGGUCGUAGUUUCCGAGGGCGUGGAAGGGGAGGGUACAAUGGACCUAUGGUUGACAUGCAGCAAGAUGCAGGAGGCUACUAUCAAGAUGCACCAGUUCAAGGCCGUGGUCGUGGCCGUGGGAGGGGAAAUCGUGGAAGAGGCCGUGGUUUCAGAUCUAACGGGCCGAUCCAGUCUGGCGCUGGAGUUGCUUAAAAUGUCUCACUUGGAUUAUGAGGCAGAGUUUCUAUUUAUCAAGUGUUGGAUGCCUGCUCCAUUUCUAUGUUUGCCUUUUUUCUUUUUCAUAUUACUAAUUUUUAACUUUAGGCAGAGGAAUGUAACCAUGUAGACUAAUGUGAUGAAACUGCAGCCUCAUGUGGAUUUUUUUUUUUGCCCCAACCCCUUCCAUCUUUUUUCCAAUUGUUGUGUAGAAGUAGGUGAGUAACAAAUUGUAGUUUUUGGUGUUGACCGAGCAGCACAUUCUUUUAUUUAUCUAUGUUUGGAGAGUUUUUGAUAUAUCAAA